CUCCACUAUAAUAUGCCACAGGAUAACCUAGAAUUGCAGUGACUUUAAGAAUUGAUUAACUGCUUGUUAGAGCAUCAGAUCGGAAUGAGUCAGGGACUGUUGCUGUGGUGCCCAUCAUGUUAAUGAUGUUGUGAUUUGAGACAUUGAGCUUUAGGAAUGAACCGGAUUCCACUCCGCUAUAAUUUUCAUUUUCACACUUGAAAAGUUGUUUUAGAACUGAAAUGACUUGACUUGAUUGACAUUAAGUGCCUCCAGGCUCUCACAAAUGAAUAUUUGCAGGCUUUUCUCAUUCAAGCUGAAGUUUCUGCAUCUUUAGACCUUUGGACAAUUGACAAUGUCAUAUAAUACUCUACUGGUGAUGGAAAUUUUUUCUUUUAACCUUUUUUUAAAAACAUCUUAUAAACUACAUUUAUAAGAGUAGUAUAGUAUCAUUCAUCAAUCAUACUACUACAAUGAUUGAUGAAUGAUUAAUCGAGGAAAGCACUAACAUUUAUUACUAUCAGCCCUGAACUACAUUGAUAAACUGUUGCGGCUGUCUGCCUGGAGGUGUGGCUGAGUGCGUGCCGCAACGUGCGCGUAACGGGGAGCAUGUGGCUCCGCGGCGCGCCUCAGCAGGUGGAUGCAAACCGGACUAAUCAGCAGCGCGCAUCCGAACUAUAAAAACGGCGCGCCGGCCAUUUUGGAAACAAAAGACAACUGAGACGGCAGAAGCAGAAGAAUCUCCUCACACUGUCACAAACAGAUCUGAGCGCAUGGGAAAAGGACUUUAUCAAAGACGGGCUACCGGUUUUUCACCUUCCCUACUUCCUGGGUGAAAUCCUGAAGUCUGGUCAAGUCCUUCCUUUUUCAAGUGUGGGAAGCCAUGAUGCAAUGAAGAACCGACCGUGACCAGCGACCAGCGAAGACUCCACUUGUGGCCACAACCAAGAGGUAGAGGACUCCACCUGGGGCCUGGAGGAUAAAGCCUGCUGUCUGUCAGUCGAAGGGGACAAAAUGGCCGAGUUGAAGUCACUUGAGGAACUGAAAGUAGAGAGGACCACAGUUAAGAGACUUUUCUCCCGUCUUGCCAAUAGCAUUACUAGAACCCACAUGGAGAUGUCUAUGGAGGAGUUACAAGAGAACUUCAAGAAGCUUACAGUAGAAAGCUCAAAGGCAAAUGAAGACGUGGAGGCCGCUUACAUGGCAGAGUGCAAGGCAGCUACUACAGAGGAGCUGAGCGACCUACAGAAAGCCGACAUAGAGAAGACAGAGAAAGAAUGUGAGCAAAAGACUAAAGAAGUUACUCAUGGUCCGAGAGACACUGUGGGCCAUGUAUGGCGAAAAAGAACUGUCCCUGGCUCUACAAGUUGCAGAGUGUGAGAAUGUUCCUCCACUCAGCAGGACGCAACUCUGAAGGCAUAUGAGUUUAUGCUGACCCACUUAGAGAAGUUCGUGCACAAGGCAAAAGAAGCGCACCACAACUGGAACCGCUGGGCUCCACCAGCCGAGCAAAAAGAUUUCGACCACCGUGUAAGAGGGCUCGAUGCGUACCUUCCCAGGCUGGUGUCGCGGAAGGCUUCCUUCAUCAAAGCAGCAAGUGUAAAGGAGCAUGCUGAACAAGAACCCAUCUCAGUUCGUGGCUUAGCUCCAGUAGCAGUGAUAAAGCUGAAAGCCACAGCCCUGCCAAAGUUUGAUGGCAACAAACGAGACUACUACAGAUGGAGAAAAGAAUGGGAGGCACUGCAGAAGCAAGGUGAGCCUACCGGCUCAAAAUAAGUAAAGAAAUUUCAAUUGCUCAUUAGCCUUGACGAGAGGGUGGCCAAAGAUCUUCGUUUGUCAACGUACAGCUCAUUGGACGAGAUAUUUCGAGUUCUGGACAACCGGUUCGGGAACCAAGCCACAAUUGCUCUCAAGAUCAUCGAAGAGCUACAAACAAUUCCACCAGUCAGGAGCGGCCAGCCAAGAAUAAACAUAAAGCUCAUCCAAACUAUGGAAAAGGCCCUUUAUGAUUUAAGUGAACUUGGAAAUGCAGACACCAUAAAGAACCCACUAGUGACUAAAUCCAUCGAGAGCAAGCUUCCAGAAACUCUGAUAAAGGACUGGCUCACCUGUACUGCAGACGAGGGAAACGCUGUUAACCACCAGAACCGUUCCGACAAGCUCAUCACGUUCCUGAGAUCACAAGAAUCCAUAUAUGAACAAUUAGAUCAACUAAGUGAUGUCGUCGAACCCCCCCCCCCAGGAGAAAACCAAGUUCCUAAAGUAUGCCAGAACAAAGACAACCAAGUCCAGCAGUGACACAACAGACUGCAUCAUCUGUGGUGACCCAAAGCACAGAAAGAGACUGUAUUUCUGCUGAAGGUUUAGGACCAACCUAAAGCCAUUGGAGAAGAGGACCACAGCACAACAACUCGAUGCCCCGAAGUCCACAACAGCGGCUACUGCAGAAGGACCACUUACCUGUGCAGGAAUGCAGAGUGCACAGACCAACACCACUAUCUUCUCUGCCUAGCUGCCAAACCCCAGUCCCAAACAACACCCAAAUCUAGUCCAGUGAAAGCUGAGGGCAAAAGAUACACUGAAGCCCAAGAAGAGUUCUUCUCCAAACUUCCACCUGAGCUGGCACGGCAGUGUCGAAAUGCCUUCUGCAACAUCUUGUCCAGGGCAUACAUCUCCACCGCGGCUGGAAGAGGUCUUCUCGAGGAGAACGGCUUAAACGAGUACCCAGUCAUCCUGAUGCUCCUUGACGUCACAGCCAAUGAUGGACAAAGGAUCGGGACCCUCAUUGAUCUGGCAUCAGACACAAACUACAUCACACAUAGAGCUGCAAGCAAAUUGAACCUUAGAAGUGAAGACGUGAUGCUGGUGGUCCAUGGCGUCGGAGGGGUGAAAGUGUCUGUUGCAACUAAACACUACCUCCUCUAGAUACGUGUCAACACCCCAAGAGGAACUCUCAAGUCACAUCAACUGAUCUGCUAUGGACUUGAUGAAACAGCAGAAGUUCACAGACAUGUUCCAGCCACUAAGUUACAGAAGAUUUUCCCGAAUGUUCCCCUCAAAGACCUCACAAGACCCAGAGAAAUACAACUCCUAAUCAGCCACAAAGAAGGCCAAUUAGUACCCCAGAAAGUUUGUUCUGUCGCUUGGCAAGACCAUUGGAGGCACGCAUCCAGACCUCUUCGAGGAAGUUAGCUUAAUGGCCCAUAUGUCAAAAACACAUUUUGCAAGAUCUAUGAGAACUGCAGCAGUCAAGUACAGUGAACUCACCUGUAAAGAUCCAGUCUCCUCUCAGCCUUCCGACCAUCCCAGCAUCCAGUUCUAUACAGCCACUAGCAACAGAGACUUUCUGAAGUUCUGGGAGUGGGAAAGCAUCAGAGUCAUCUGUGAGCCAAAAUGUGGAGGAUGUCACUGAGGGAAUUGCCAACCUGGAGGGAAAGAAAUGACACUGGCCGAAGAAAGAGAAAUGGAAAUGGCUUGACGUAUGUGAACGGAGAUCACCACUGCUCUGAACCACACUGGCAUGCCAUGUAUCCAUAGACAGAAGAUCCAGCAUCUGUACCCAACAACAGGAGAGCAGUUGGAGCCACAUUCCUCAGAACGAAAAAAACAGCUGGCAAAGGAACCAGAGUGGGGAAUGGCCUAUGCAUCACAAGUCCACGAAAUGGUUAAUCACAAAGCUGCAGUGAAGCUGUCCAAAGAAGUUCUGCAGAGCUGGACCGGGCCAGUGUGGUACAUAAGUCACCUGAUCGCACCAAAUCCGCAUUCUGUCUCCACCCCAGUGAGUCUAGUAAGGAACAGCAGCCAGAGGUACAGAGGACUGAGCUUGAACAAUAUACUGAUCAAAGGCCCUGAUGUACUAAAUCCAAUCAGAGCAGUCCUGCUGAGAGCUGGUGUCUUUGCUGCCCUUGGUGACAUCCGCAAGAUGUACAACUCUGUCUGGUUGGAGGAGAGAGAGGUUCAUUUCCACAGGUUCCUGUGGCGCAACACUGAAGAUGCUGAAAUAGAAGAUUUUGUCAUAACAAGAGUGAAUAUUGGAGACAAACCAGCUGGUUGCAUAGCCCAAGUUGCCAUGCGGGAGACAGCCAAUUUGUCUCCAUUCAGACUCAAAGAAGAGAAACGUGUCGUGGAGGAAGACGUCUAUGUCGAUGACAUCCAGACCUCACACAACAACCUCGACCACUUGAAACUCCUCAUCUCCAACAUUGAGCAGAUCCUUAAAGCUGGAGGAUUCUUCAUGAAGCUCUGGGUCUACUCCAGUCAAAGUGGGAGGAAAGAGCCAAGUGGUAGAAACACAGAGUCAAAGACAGUGAUCCUGCCAAACCAGCUCACUGAAAAGGAUAACAAAGCCCUCAGCCUGGGUUACACCAUUGAAGGCGACAAGCUUACAUGUCAUGGUUGCGGUGAACUUUUCUAAGAAAAAGAAGAAAAUGCACCUUGGUCAGAACUUACUGAGAGAAGAAGUAAAACACCAAACCCCAGAUCCACUCACCAAAAGGAAACUAUUAAGCCAAGUGUCUGGUCUCUAUGAUCCGCUCGGUCUCGUGGCUCCUGCAAAGCAGAAGGGAGCCAUCCUGAUCCUAAGAGCUUUUCAAGAAGCAAAAGUAAUUUACUACAGAAGAGACACCUGGGAUGCUGCCUUGUCCAAAGAGCUCAGAGAAGACGCCAUAAAACUUCUCAAAGAGUAUGCUGACCUGAGCCAACUCAGAUUCAGCCGACCCCUGUCUCCACCAGAUCCAUGUGCAAGACAAAGUGGCACCUUUUCUGAUGGCAGUGAGCACGCAUACAGCGCCAUGCUCUACCUACGCUGGAGCUGCAGCCAUGGUGUCGUCGUAAGGCUGGUUGAGUCCAAGGCCAAACUGACUCCUCAACUGCGAGGGUGACCCUGUGAAGGCAGAAAUGUGUGGAGCAGUCUUUGCAGCCCGACUCAAGAACUAUUUCUGGAAACACUGCCGAAUCAAAGUCAAGAGGUGGUAUAAUCUUGUCGACAGUCAAGACAGUCUUGAGCGCUGUACAGCAAGAGAGUUACGGCUACCAGACCUUUUUCCCGAGCUGAGUUGGCGAGAUCCAGAACAGCAGCGACGUCCGAGAUUGGUGGUGGAUUCCAGGGCCGGUAAACAUCGCAGAUAUCAGCACCAGAGGGGCCAGUUCUGAUGAACUAACUGAGGA